AUGUCUUCCGCUCCAAUGGCCGCAUUAAAGAGUGCUUCCUCGGCUCUCAAAGCCCUGGCACGGCAAGCGCAACCCCUGAAGACUGUGGAGUUGCUGACGAGCUUGCUGCGAGAACGCCUGGAAGUCAAUGCCUUCCACCAUGCCACGGUCUUGAGCGCCUAUGCCAGGGCUGUCUGGUGGAAGGAGGCCGUCGCGCUGCUGAGCUCAUUGCCGGGCGGCGACCAUGUCUGUGAGAACGCGACGCUGGCGGCCUGCAGCCGAGCGCUGGCAUGGGCGGCGCUUCUGCAGCUCUUGGAGCAGCGCCGCGCUCCUCCCGAAGAUGCAGCAAGUUUCCACACAAUUAUCACUGCACUCGGCAGAACUUCACGCUGGGCAGACGCCUUCGAGCUUUUUCGAUGCAUGGCAGUCCGGAGGCAGCAGCCGACAGUCCUUUCCUACAACUCAGCGAUGCGGAGCUGCGCGGACGGAAAGAGCUGGCAGCUGUCACUGCUGCUGUACACCGAGCUGCAGCAGGAGGGAUGUGCUAACCAAGCCAGUCACCACUUGUCCAUCAGCGCCUGCAGUCUAGCUAGCCAUUGGCAGGGCGCUGUCUUCAUUCUGAGUUCUAUGCCCAUGUACGGCUUCGAUCGCACAGUCGUCGCUUUUGCAGCAGCAAUGGGGGCUUGCGAGCGGGCAUUCCGGUGGCGAAGAGGCUUGCAACUCCUUGGCUGGCUAUCUGCAUCAAGGCUGCAAUUGGACGCCGUGGCUCUCAGCAUCGGAAUCACCACAGCGGGUCGAUCCAGCAGGUGGCAGCUCUGCAUGGAGUUGCUCGAGGAUGCACGGGAGGCAGAGCUUCAAACAGACAUCGUUUGUGCAAAUGCUGCCAUUGCAGCCUGUGCUGCUGGAACUGCAUGGCAGCAUGCCCUGUCCUUGAUCGGGUUGUCGAACCCAGACGGGAUGACCUACGCUGCUGCCAUCAAUGCCCUCAGCAAAGGUGGCUUAUGGGCCCAUGCGAUCCGGUUGCUGCAGGGGGCAGCAAGACGGCUCGAUAUCUUCGGUUUCACUUCGGCCGUCUCUGCUUGCGAGAGGGAAGGCGCGUGGGAAGUUGCUUUGAAGAUCAUCCAUGACAUGAGCGCCUCGGAGAUUUGCCCAAGCGCUUUGACCUUCAAGGAGGCAGUGGCUUCACUUGGCAAGGCGGUCAAAUGGAUGCAUGCCCUGGAACUGCUGGUGAGCGCAUGGGGACAGUCCCAUACUCCUUCUGGAGCCGUUGCAGCCGGUGCAGCUUCCAUCAUCUGCAGGGGGCGGACACGCCUCCAUUUGCCUGCAGGCCUGCGAGACAUCGAGGCUGAGGCACCGCCAAGGCGGGUCAUGUACAUGCAGCUGCGCGAGCUCGAGGGGGCAGAUGUGAUUGACAUUGACGAAAUGGAUUCGCUCUGGAAACCUGCCGCAGUGAGAGAGCUUUUGGGAACCACGUCCUUGUGUCCGAGCCCGGAAGGAGGCACAGAUCUCGCAACCUACGCGCAGCAAGCCAAGUUCCGCGGAGACAAGAGCAUCAACGCAGCGCCGUCCCGGAAGGAAAGUGUUUCGCCUUCUCCUGUGACGAAGCAGUCGACCGCUGUGACGCCGAAGGCGGACGCUUCCCAGGGCCGAGUGGAAGCGGCCGAGGACGAGGCAGAGCGGCGAAUCACAGCCUCAUCAGACGAGGCAGCCGGCAUCAGCGCUCCGAGAAUCAUGGGUCCGGAAGGCUUUGCAAUCCACUCACGGCCCAACGCAGCGUUGCGACGUCGAGAGGCCUUAAACCAACAAGGGCCAGGAACCAAAAGCUUGGCUUCGCAGCAGAAGGGCUGCGGAUCAUUUAUGGGCGACCAAAAUCGGCGCGUCUCUCCAGUUGAAUUCAAGCAGCAGCGUGUAAGCGUACUCGAGCUGUUUGUGCUGAACUCGUCAAAGGAAGCUGAACUAGAACUGACGGCUCAUGGCACUCUGAGCCUUGCGGCUUCAGCCACCAGCCUCACCCCACUAGCUGCUAAAAAGAAUGGCGACAAGAAGGCCAAAAAGGCCUCAAAGAAAGAGGCCAAAAAGGCCAAAAAGGAAGCGAAGAAAGCAAAAAAGCUUGCAAAGCAGAUAAAGAAACUCGAGGAGGAAGUGGAGAAGCGGAAACGCCAAAUCAAAGGUGAGGUGCAGGAAAAGAAAAAGAAGAAGAAGUCUUCAUCCUCCUCGUCUUCUUCAUCUGCCAAGAAGCAAAAGAAAGGCUCCAAUAGGCCUCUGAACGAAAGUGCCGAGCAGCCGCCCGCACAAGAGGAGCAUGCCGUCAGCCAACCACAGGAGGACAUGCAGUGGUUGGGCGGUGACCUGGGCUUCGAAGAGGAAAAGUCACCGGAACCCGAGCAACCCGAGCAGUCCAGCUCCGAGGAGUCCAACCCAGAGGUUCACGAGGCAGUCUGCGACCACUGCGCGAUGGAGCCGAUCGUCGGUCCUCGCUUCAAGUGUGCGAUCUGCGAGGACGUGAGCCUCUGCAGAAAGUGUUACAAGCGACGCCAGGAGAUCCACAGACCCAGCCACCGUUUCUUCGCGAUGAAGCCCAUGAAGCACGAGAGUCACGAAAAGCUCCAGAGAAUUCGGGGAGAUGGUGACGGCGCUGACCAUAUGACCACGGAGGUGGCGAGAGCUCCGAAGGGCCCCGUUCCAGCCACGGACGCUUCAGGCGCCGCUGCAGAGCAGGCAGGCCCUCUGGGCUCUCUGGGCCCUCUGCACCCUCUUGGCUUUAUGGCUCUCGCACCGGCGGUUCCUGCGCCCAUUGUCCCAGCCGUGGCACAAGAAGUAGCAUCGCAGAUGCAAGCACGCUUCCUCGACAUGGGAAAGACUUAUGCGAAAAGUUGGCAGGAGUCCGUCCCGUUGCUGCAAGACCCUUCGAAAAAAGCCAUAAAGGUGCCCAAGCCGGAGCCGGGCACAAAGGUCGGCAAGCAGAUGCUCCGUGGUGCAACUUGCGGCCUUUGCCUUCAACAGGUAGUGGACUCCGAAAGCGGUGUUCUGUGCUUCCGGAUUCGGGCGGAUGGGACAGCUGCUGGUUGCAGCAAGAGCGUGUGCUUCCCUUGCAUGGCCCGCGCAUCCUCCCGCAUGUUUGGAAAGGUCCGUGUGAACAAGGAGAUCUGGGUGGCCAUGGGGGCACAGGCUUGGUGGAUGCACGAGCGGUGCAUGACAGCAGAAGAAGUCACGGAGCACGCUGAGCUGGUGAAGUCCACGGGCUUGGAGGAAAGCCUCAAGGUGAGUGCAAAGCUCCCGAAGGGCUGGAUCAGCAAGAUUUCCAAGACCACUGGCAAGGUUUACUACGUCAACGCAAAGAAAGGGAAGACACAGUGGACGCUGCCAGAAGAGGAGGUCGAAGAGACCGAAGAGACCCACACAAUCCAGCCCCAGCCUGAUGAAGUGUCGAAAGAUGAAACUGAAGACAAUGGAGCCGAGAAGCCGCAAAACGGCCAGGAAGAGCUCACAGAGCUUUGA